AUGGCCACGGCGGCGCUUGCCACCCACAAUCAUUUUAUAUACACAACAGGCAAAAAGAAGCGUACUCCCACCUUCAAAUAUGCUUCGCCACCUCCACCUCCACCUCCACAAGGUAAUUUAAAGGCUGGAAGAGGUAAAAAAGGCAAAAGCAGGGUCAAGAAAGAUGGUGGAAUGAUUGUUUUGUGUGGUGGCGGUGGUUGUGGUGGCGGGGGUUGUGGAGGGGGUUGCGGGGGUUGUGGAGGUUGAGAUGAUGAAGACAUAUCAAGUACUUGGAUCAAAUCAUGUCUUGUGUCAAGGUCCAUUUGGGUAAAUGGUGUUAGCCAUGACGUUGUAUAGACCAUGUUGUUAUUUAGCUAUCCUAUUAUAUGCAUUAACAAUGAUGUUAAAUGUCUGAAAUCUUCUCUCUCUAUUUGGAUCAUUCUACGGAUGUUAAUCAAAAUGAGCUUGUCAAGUUUGACCGUGCUCAACUGUCAA